GGGGUGAAGUGACGAGCUCGCACUACAGCCGGAGCUCCCCGGUGCGUGGUGCGCAGACUGCGUGAGGGGGACCAAAAAAAAAAAAGAAAAAAGAAAAGAGGAAAUUGAAGACAGCAGAAGGGGAGCAGAGGACUGUGCAGCCCUCUGUACUCAUGGACCAUCAGGACAUCUGAUCGUUUGCUCUGGGAGCGCACAGACACCGCAGUCCAUGCCUCUGCCUUGCCAGGUCAUUGAUGGGAAAUCAACUGGAUCGGAUCACCCACCUCAACUACAGCGAGCUGCCCACGGGGGAUCCGUCCGGGCUGGAGAAGGACGAGCUGCGGGUCGGCGUCGCCUACUUUUUCUCUGACGAAGAAGAGGAGGUGGACGACCGCACUCCGUCCGACUGCGGCUUCACCAAGGACCACAGCCAGACCGAGGAGGAGGGCCCCUUUUCGGUCAGCGAGGUGGAGUACUCGGCGUUCUGCUCCCAGGAAUGCAUCUUCUCCAAGCUGCGGGAGAACGAGGACCUGAACGUGUACUCGGCCAAAACUUUGCUGACUAUGUGCAAACCGGGGGACCUGCUGGAGCUGGUGGGCACGGCGCAGGCGCCCCACUGGCUCAUUUACGCGCACGACGACCAGGUCAUUCACCUGCACAAGGGCGGCGAGAUCCGGAAGGACAGCCUGCUGGAGGUAAGCGGCGGCCGGCGCGGGAGGAUAGUCAACAAUCGGUACCGAUUCCGGCCGCUCCCUCCGGACCUGGUGAUGCAGAACGCGGUGGGACACGUGGGCCUGAGGAGCGAGGAGAUUUGCUGGACCAAUUCGGAAAGUUUCGCCGCCUGGUGCCGCUUUGGGAAACGGGAGUUUAAAGCCGGCGGGGAGGCGCACUCGGCCGAGCAGCAGUAUUUCCUCAAAGUGCACCUGUCCGGCAGCGGGGUGCACACGCUGGUGUUCCGCAGCCUGGAGGACAUGAUCCGGGAGCGGCGGCGCGUGGACGCCAGUGGAAUUCUCAAAGAGCUGUCUUUGGUUAAUGGCAGCAAAGACUGAUC